AUGAAGAAGGUUGCCAAUCGAUUGGAUGAUAGUUAUAUAGAAAGUUUUUAUUCAGUUUUUUAUCGGAUUUUUUCAUUGCUGGCUGGCUUAAGGGAGGGGAACAAGAUUUUAAUGACUACUCCAUGCGCUGUCCGCACAACUAAGGGUGACAUUCCACGCGCUGUCCACCUUACGGGACAUCGUAAAUACCUUAAAAACGUUGAUACGUUCUGGAAUCAUAUUGAGAGACAAUGUGCUGAGCUCGAGGCCGCUAGUUUCAUUAUACGAAAUACCACCGAAGUGUUCAAAAAUUCCGUCGUAAAUAUCAAUUCCUCCAUCAAGAAUCUCAAAUAUAUUGAAAAGCUUAAGGGUACCGAGAGUUUCAAACAAAAUUCCGAAAAUGUAGAGAGUUCCUUAGGAAAAAGACGUGGCACUGUGUCAGAUGAUUAUGAUUCUUUGACUAAAAGUGACGUCAACGAGUCACCUUGUGAAAUGACAGUCAAACGAAGAAUGAUUCAGAAUGCUUCAUCAUCAUCAUUGAUUUCAAUAAUGGAAAAGUAUCGUGUAAAGCAAACCACUUCGAAAUUUGAUUUGGCACACAGUUAUAUUCUGGAUCUUACACCCAAGUCAAAAAUAGAAGGAGAAUUUGACCCAAAGUUAUGGGCAGAGCUCAUAGCUGAUAGACCUGUCAUGGCCAAAACCGAAUACCAUAAAGAAAUAGAAUCCAUUUGCGAUCACCUAUUUGGUCCUCUUUGUAAAAAAAAACAACCGAAACUUUAUGAAUCUCGUGAUAAAUGGAAGACCUUAAGAUAUUUAAAGGUACCAGAAUAUAAUGAUGAUUUUUCAUACUAUAAGGAAGAAUGGGAGAAAAUUUUAUAUUGGGCAGAACACGCUAUUGUACCAUUUCUUAAUGCUUUUGAAUCUGAAUGUAAUCCUAUACAACGACAUAAUUGUGGAGAAAGGGAGUGGUUCGGAGAAUAUGUUGUUCCCAUAUUUAAAGGAGCUCUAAGAUUGAAUACUUCUUAUUGUGUUUCGUGGGGGGAGGUUACAGUGAUCGCAACUCUUCGAAGAAAAAAUCAAGAAAAAAAUGUAUUAGAACACCAUCUUGAAAGGGGUCACUUAGCAGAUUUAGUAUGCGAAAUUAAUCAACAAGAAAUUGUUUGUGGGUUGGGUUGCGGUGGUCCUCGUAAAUAUGAUCUUACAAAAUGGGGCUCUGAUGAGUAUCAACUUCCAAGGAUGCUCAAAGACAUGCUAGAUGACAUACUAGAAAAAAUUCGAAGUAGAAAUGGAUGUACGUCAAAUAUUUACACUAUCGGGAUUCAGCAAUGUAUGGCAGAAAUUCGAAUAUAUAUGAUGGAGAAACGUGAUGUAUAUCGACUUCACCUCUUAAAAUCAUUCGAUCUACCUCUGACUCAUUCAUCUUAUGGCAUCCUUCGUCUUGCUCUUUCGUGGGCUUGGAACAUCAAGGGCCUUGUUGAAAAUCUAUCAUUUGAAUUGAAUGACAGAAUUUGUUUCUUCUAA